CCAAAAUAAGAAAAAGAAAACAUCAGACUGAUGUCUCAGACCACACAGAUGAGAUCCCAUUAGAAGAGAGAGCAGCAAUGCAGGACACUUAUGGAUGCAUUAAAUGGAAUGUAAAAUGUCUGCCCCUUGAAGAAACUCAAGAGAGCCAGCAGCAAAAGAUGGAAAAACUCAAGGUGAUGUUCCAACACUCUGAUGCUAAUCCAGAGGAGGUCAAAUGUCUAAUGAAGUCCACUUUCUACACACAGCGUCAACAUGUCAACCAGGGCAAAAGUAUCAAAUGCCUUAGAGAGGAGUGGCCGUUUUGGUUUCAUGAUCUUGGCAUGUCCGUACACUUCAAGGAACUCACUGGGAUUGACCUCAAAGAGACAUUCACACGAAAUUUGGAUUUGAAGGGAAAAAGGCUUCUCGACUACAUGACCACAGUUUGUGUCAACAAGAGCAAGAAGUUCCUUCAGAAUUAUGCAAGGCUUCAGAGGAUGCGAGGACCGCAGAGUGGCUGCUCAGAUGAUGUGAUAGAGAUGCUCCUGCUUCUGCUCAGCUACUUUGAUGAGAAGGAGGAGUCCAUGUUCUUCCAUGUAGAAGAUACAUGUCUGGCAGAAGAGGUCCAACUGGAGCAAGUGCCUCUGACACCCACUGUUAUUGUCUGUGGACAGUCCUGCUAUUCCUCAACAAGGUACAUGCUGAGUCUGGAUCGGAACCUUACCAACACAAACAUCUCCUCCUUCAUUUCUGCAUUGUGCCUUUUGUUCGGGAGCUACUACUGUUUCAACAUCCAUUAUCCAUCUGAGCUGGCUUCAACUCUGGAGUUUCUUCAAAGGUGAGUAAACUUAAA